AUGGCUCCGACAUAUUUGCAAGAUCUUUUAUAUCACUAUCAGCCGGCAAGGUGUCUUCGAUCGUCCUCAGACAAAUGGCGUUUUGCAGAACAACAUUAUAAUUUAAAGACAUAUUACUGUACACAGCCCGGCUAGCUUAGCUUUGAGAUCAUGGUUAAGUAACUAAAUAAUAUGAAGGACUGAAAGCAUAUUUUCUUAUUUUGAGAAUUGAGAUUACGAGAUUUGCUGGUAUCCAAAAUGGAUUCCAGAAAAAAUAUUCUAAUCUCGAACCCUGAUUAAAACAUGUUACAUAAUAAUUAUUACACCUCUCAUAUGUUAUCCUGGAAUAUUGAAUUGAAUAAAAUCUGAAGAUUUUGCAACAAUUAAAUAUUACUCCUUGUUUGUUAUCUGCGUCUAGGUCGAGUGCAUUCCUCAAUGUUAAGUGGAAUUAACCUGGAUUCAAAAAGUGCAACUGUUGAGUGGUUUGAAAAUGGCGAAACAAAAGGAAAGGAGGUUUGUAAAUUUUGAACGUGUUUGAACCGUGAACACAUGAAGGUACUUCGAUCGAAUGCCCAUCCAAAAUGUAGUCACGUUGUUGACUCUAAAAGUGCGAGCAGACGAGAAUAAAUUAAGAGUUCACGCUGUUGAAGUUCAAAUUUCAAAAGUGGUCACAAGGUGCCCAAAAACUUCAUUUCGUGGUACAUAAAAUCAUCCCAUGCAUACAAAUCUUAAGAGACAAAUUUACCACUUUAGCGGUUUUGAUAGUAAUUUAGUGAGAACUUGCAUACAAUUAUCUCAAUAGUUAUGCGGUAGUCAUUUGAAAUCACGCGCCCCCCCCGGGACAUAGCGGGGAAUUUAACACAACCAAGUGUUAAAAAACAUUAAAUCCCCCGCCCCUGGGGCAAACUGGUCUGUUAAAACCCCCGUACGGCCGGGCUUUAGUAUACCUAAACAAGACAAAUUCCGCAUCAUGCAUGCAUUUGAAUUACCUGUCUUCCGCAACUUCCAGAUUGAAUUUCCGUCAAGUAUUGUAUUGACAAUGUCUGGUCAUGCAUAUCAAAAUAUCGAUAUGAAAAUGUAAAUAAAUAUGCAAAUAUAAAGUGUAAACAAUACCAAAUAUAUCCAAACAUGGAAUGAUAACCGUUUUUCGCCAGUCGCCAUUUUCGUUUUUACGACCCUAUGUAUUUAUAUAUAGGUGCAUUUAUAUAUAGUGGCUGUUAAAUCCCGGGUCAGUUUAUAUAUAGCGGCUGUUAAAUACCCGGUGUAUUUAUAUAUAGCGGCUGUUAAAUCCCGAGUCAAUUCCCCGAUUAUAAAAAAGUUGUUAAUUCCACCGCCCUCCGGGGCAUAGCACGUUGUUAAAUAGCGUUAAAUCCCCGCUAAUUUUUUUUUUUGGGGGGGGGGCGUGAUUUCAAAUGACUGAAGCAUUAGAGCAUUGUAAAACCUAGUUUUUAAUUAUACUUUUCUCUAUUAUGUUUAUCACUCUGAGGUGAAUAGAAUUUAACCUUUUAACUGCCUUAAUUAACAGGUUUUACAACUCAGUUGACAAACGUUUCCUUUGGACAGUUACUGUAGUUGCCUUCACGUGCAAGUUUUAGAAUUCAUGCAGCUGAUCAACAAACGUUUCCUUUGGACAGUUACUCUAGUUAUGGCAUAGACAAUCAAGAGGAAUGAACUAGAAUUCCAAUGCGAAAAGCUGUCGUCACUCGCGACAUUUGUGAUACCCUAGCUAUCAAAUUAACCCAGCCCGUAGCGAUAAUAAUGUUUCCUUUACCUAUUUUUAUAAGAUUAGAAAAACUAAUGGACUACUUGCAUGUUAGACUAAAUUGUAAUCUAAGUACUUGCAUGUUAGACUAAAUUGUAAUCUAAGUAAAGAGAAGGGAAUCAAACACCACAGUUAAAAAGAACAUAAUGAAAUUAGUAAAACUACAAAAUCUGGUUGCGAAAUGUUGUAAAAUACAGAAAAUAUAGUCUUGCGAAGUUUGCAUAUUUUCAGUGUAUUUGUAUUACGUGCGGAAAUUGUUAGCAUUUUCGGCUCAAAAAUGGUAACAAUUUCCGCACGUAAUACAAACAUACUGAAAAUAUGGAAACUUCGCAAGGCUAUAUUUUCUGUAUUUUACAACAUUUCAUAACCAAAUUUUGCAAUUUUACUGAUUUUAAUAAGUUCUUUACGGGAAUUUACUUUUUUUUGCCUAAAUAAAAAAUUAGUCUAACAUGCAAGUUGUCUAUUACUCAGUAACAAAACUACUGUGCAAAACGACUAUUAAUUAAUCUGUUUCUGUUCAGUUUUCUGUUUUCAAAAAGAUUAGCAUGACUGGGAUUUUUUCCUUUAAAAACUUGAUAACAUUUAGCUGGCUUAACUCAGAGUUAGGGGCAGGCCCAAUCUGCCACCUGUGAUCGAGAUAAGCGUCAAAAGUAAUCGUAAUGCUUUUAUUUCUUAGUCAUCUGAUAAUUAAGUCAUAAUGUCCUGCUUCUUUCAGAUUGAAAUUCGUGAAAUAUUUGGGCUCAACCCGUGGCUGGUACAAGGGAAACCAAAGACGCCGGUGGGCAAAAGACUAUCAAAUCCUGCAGCGGUAUUUAUUUUAUUUCAAAUUCUUAUGUGUGUAAUUGCAUCCUGGGUAUAACAUACUAUUGGAUACCCCGCACUAGAAACGUGUAAUUUGAUAUGGUUACAGAACUAACUACCCGCAUAAAAGUCUCACAGCUUGUGAACAAAUGUGUUCGCAUUGCUUGUUCCCAGUUAUUAACAAGUCGGGAACAAACUACAUGUAUUCUGACUUCUAACUCCUAUGGUGAGACCAAUGCUGUAGACUCGCACCAAGUUGUGGAACAACACGUCUGAUAUCGUCUGCACGUAACAAGUUGUUGAGAAGUUGAGAAGAACAAGCUCGUAUAGCAACUUGUUAUAAACAUCCUCUAUUUAUGUUGGAACAACUUUAGUGCGGCAGAUAGAAGGACAAAACUUACUCUAUCGUGGGACAAUUCCAUUUUUGCCUUCAUAUUGUGCCCUGAAGGCUAGCUAGUAAGUACGUUUCUGUUGGCGGCGUUAAAAUUUCUUGUGGGUUCCUGCCGACUCGUGUUUCUUUGAAUUUUGUAUUAAACUCUAUUACAGUUAAAAAAUGUGAAAUUUCAAAAUACAUUUCUAACACAAAUGACUUACAUAAUUUGAAAGGUUGCAAAAAGCUACAUAUAAGACAUUUAAACGGUUACCCAAGAUUUUCAAGUUCUUCUUUGGUUAUGAGCUGUUGAAUGUGUGUUUUCAGACUAGUAGCCCAGGAAUUUUGUGAGAUUUUGGCUUAUUUUUCACAUUUAAUAGCAAUAACUCGAAAACCGCUUGAAAAUCCCAACUAACCAUUUAAAUGUCUUGUACUGAUGUAGUUUUUUUGUUAGCUUUCUAUCGAUGCAAGUCAUUUGUAUUAGAAAUGUAUCGGAAAUUUCACAUUUUUUAACUGUAAUAGAGUUUAAUAAAAAAAUUUGAACAAAAACGUGUCGGCAGGAGCCCAUAAGAAAUUUUAAGGCCAACAUACAGAAACGAACUUACUAGCCUUCAGGGUACACAAUGAAGGCAAAAUGGAAUUGUCCCAAGAUAUGGUAAGUUUUCCAUAAUUUUGAGCCUCUAUCUGCCUGACUACUUGUAUAGCAAGACAUUGGAAUACCAGUGCAGUGCAACAUGGAAAUCGUACAGUGUAAAUUAUCGCACCCUGCCGUGCCAAUUUAUGUGCAGGUAUUUGGGUUCUCGGAAGGUCACAAAUCACAAGCUUUUCAUUUUCGCCCUAAAAUGUUUAACACCGCCGACAUUUUAAUAUGCCAGGUCGCCUGGAAGUUACGUGGCAAGGUACUGUACCAACGUACCCAUGUAGCCAUGCACAUGUACGUUUGUGUUUGCAGUUGUCGUCCUUCUUGUUCUAACUCGUGUUUUCAGGUUACUGAAUGAAUACCUUUCAGAAACAUGUAGUUUUAUGUACUUCAUUUUAAUGACUAAGUACACCUUGAGUCUUAAGAUUGUACCAGCUCAGGUACUAGGCAAAAGUUGCGUACCAGUCAGGUAUACGGCUAAAAAUGUUGAAUUUUUCGCACCCUGUAAAUAUGUUCAGUAUAUAGUAUUGUUAAAAUAAAUAUUAAUGUUGUUCAUUCUUCAUUGUCAUUGCAAUAUUGAUUUUUAGCCUGCAGAUGAGGCAGAAUCACCCAAACCUUCGAAAAAAGGUGAGUAGAUAGAUAGAUAAUAGAUUAAUUAAUAAAUAAAAUAACACAUACAUACAUACAUACAUACAUACAUACAGUAGCAGCCCGAAAGGCUGAAUUGCGUGCUUACAGUAUGCUUUACAGUACAGUGAAAAAUUAUUAAAAAGGGAUUUCUAUAAUACACGUGAAUAAAUAUCUACUGUACGAAGGGUACGAGUCCCUAAAUAUUGUGCUAAUCCCCACAUAAUAAGAAAGAGCAGGUCAAUGACUUUGGCAAAAUCUUAAAGUUUGAUGUUAUUGGGGUCAACACUGAUCAAGAUACAGCCAUCCACAAACAGAAAAAAAUAGUAACAAAUGUAUGGAUUUCCGGAAAUUUGUCCGGACGACCAUUAGGAACAGGGACGCCGGAAUUGGGAGGGGAGGGGGGUGCAGGACGGGCACUGCUGCCCUUCUUGCCUUUUGCUAGGAAGGAUAGGGGGCAGAAGUGCCCUUUGAGUUUUAAAAUACUACCUGAUAAAUCACGUUUCCAGUGAUGCUUUUUGCAUGGGCAAAAUCAUGAGGUGUGAUCUUGAAUGUGACCUGAUUAAGUGCGUUUGCUUUCAUUGGCAAGUCAACACAUUAUUGUAGGUUUAUAUCUUCACCGGAAUCUACAGAGGUGUCCUUUGGUGUGCGUUUGCCUCCUUGCCUUUUUAUCGUUCCGGCGUCCCUGAUUAGAACCAUACAUUUCUUCUGCAAAUUUCGAGUUUAAAUUUUAUACAUUUUAGACCGAACCAGACCUAACCUUAGCAGCUGCAAAAAAUACAACUCCAGGCCCUCUGGCAGGGAUCGAACCUGCAGCCCUGAGAUUCUGAUGCAGUGAUUAGUUCAAUCGAGUGAGAUGUCCCAAAUUCCUAAUAUUUACCCAAACACUGUACACCUACUGGCAUCACCCUUAAUAUAUAAUUACAUGAACAUGUAGUUAAAUGAUUUUUUUUCUGUGCUGGUGUUGUGUACUCAGGUGAAUAUGAUGUUUGUGAUGUUACUCUGAGUGUACAUCCACACCGGACGAGCCACCGUGGCCGGGCAUAUUUUUCAAGCUCGUCCGGUGUGGAUGUACACUCAGAGUAACAUCACAAACAUUAUAUUCACCUAGCACACAACACCAGCACAGAAAAAAUCAUAUUACUAGAUUACGUUGGUAUAGAGGGAACUAGAUUCUGUUCCGAAAUAUCACUUACUCGAACCGCCCUGACCGCGUAGCUCAGUUGGCAGAGCAUUGGGCUAGUAUUCCAAAGAUCGUAGGUUCGUUUCCCACCGUGGCCAGGCAUAUUUUUCAAGCUCGUCCGGUGUGGAUGUACACUCAGAGUAACAUCACAACCAUCAUGUAGUUAAAGCUCAACAACUGGACUCUGUAGCCUAGCUGGUUGGAGCGCUACACCGGAAUCGCAGGGCCACAGAUUUGGUUCUUGCAGAGGGCCUAUAGAUGCAUUUUUUGCAACUACUCCUGGUUAGAUCUAAACAGUAUACUGCAAGCGUUACACUCGGAAUUUUCAUUUACAAAAACCCUUCAACAUGAUACUAAUUGUUGAAUUAGGUGGACAUCGUUUGCCUUGUAGUUCAGAUGUUGUUCUUUCUGUUUUUUUUGUGUGUAGUGUGACUGAGCAUUAACCCUAGUAACUAGCCUCGAUAAGCCUUAUUACCAUAACUGUAUAUAUUAUCUAAAUUAUUCAAAAUUUAAAGAAAUGUCUUGUAUGAGUAGUACUGUAUAUAAUUCUUCUUUUGGUCAGUAAAGUUUAUUGUAUUGUAAAAUUAGUAAAAAGUUUGUCUUGCUGUGCUAGGCAGCGUAUGUGAAUGCGGAAUGAGCCCACUGUACAAUUUAUGCAUACUGUACCUCGCUGUUAUGCACUCCGAGUUUAUUUUCAUAGCAUGACCAGUUGCCAUGGCCAGCUUCACCACUGUUCUAAUUGUAUUAGCCGAUUAGGUAUAUUGUUUUGCAGUGAAUAUAUUACCGUUGUUUUCUACCAAACUGUUUUACCUGUUUUUGCAGUAGUAAAAGCACCGGAUAAAUCAAACCAUAAAAUGAAGGAUGAGAAUUCACCAGCACCCGAGAAUAACCACGUGUCAAGACCUGAUAGUCAACCUCCACCUGCUGCUCCAAAUGCGUCGUCUGUAGGUUAGUGUAAGCUUAUCUUUCUUUCCUCUUUUUCUGCUUUGGUCUUUCCGUGUUUUUUUUUUCCCGCUUCAUAUCUGUUUGUUUUAGCAAAAAAUACGAAAACAACACCAUAAAAUUUUUAAGAUACAAAAUUUAUCAGAAAUCAAGAAAGAAUAGACCGAAGGAAUAAAGCAAUUUUAGCUACAGUUCUAUACUGUGCGUCUAAAAUUAACCAGCUUGGCAUUCGACGGAUUUGUUUUUGUCCUUGCAAGUUUUGGGCAACAGCAAUAUACCCGAGAAAAACCUGAAAAAGAUACCGAGAUUAAAAAAAAACACACAAAAAAAAACAUAAAAAAAUGAUGCAAAAACUGAACAAAUGUGAUUUAAAAAGUACCUUCAAUGCUUCUGAUAAAAACUGCUAGAUGUUGUUUCGGCGAAAGACAUAAAGUACAGUACAAUAAUUUCGAAAAUUAAAACUGAGCAACCAGACGAAAACCUCCGAUUUCACGGCUUUCAUGACAAAUUUAGCAGACGGAAAAACGUUUAGGAAAUUAGUGUGCGUAUCGCUAUUCCAGCACAUUGAACCGUUUUGUUGUCAACUUUAACAUCAAAAUUUUGUAUUGUUUUUGCUCCUUCGCCCGCUUAAAAAUUAGAUCUUGAAUAAUAUUUUUGACCUAUGUAAUAUCUUCCACUUAUAUUAUAAAAGAAAUAGAAAAACUCGUCUCAUGCGUUUAUGGUAUGAUACAGUAAUGCACUCGGGGAAUGUUGGGGCGUAGCGUUUUCUUUUUCUUAAGUAGAGAUAAAGCCAUGGCGAGAUACGACACGGUAACUGAACGCGACCUAAAAAAAAACUAUAAGACUAAAAGGAAGCAGAAAUCACUGAACGAGCAACGAAGAUGUGGCAUCAAGAGUUUUCAAUGAGUAUCUUAUCGUAAAAAGAAAAACGUUUUAAAAACACUAGACGAGAAAGAAGCGGAAAACACUAAACGAGCAACAAGGACAGCAUUAACGCCUUUCAUUGAAUAUCUUAUCAUAAAAAGAAAAAAAAGUUCAAAAAAAACGAAGAGAAGAAAGAGAAACGGAAAACACUAAACGAGCAAUAAAGACAGCAUUAAGAGUUUUCAUUGAGUAUCUAAUUGUAAAAACUUUAAGAAAAAAAGUUUAAGGUGGCUCGAUAUAGUUAUCACAAAAACCCUGUUCAAGAAUCGCGAACUCAAAACCGGUUGACCAUUUUUACGCGCAGGUCGCGGAAACUGAUUAACAAAAUGAAAGAACUUCCAAAAUAACCUGACGUGAGCAGUUGCUCGCGCCAUCCCACGCCAUUGCGCGUGUUCUAUAGCGUUUUAUGUCAAUUGCUGACGUCAUUAUAAUUUUCCAUUUUAGAAAAACAAUGCGCUAUAUCUCUUUAUUUUGUCUGGUGACCUAUGUUCAAAUUUUGCAUACUGUAUUGCACCGCUAAAAAUCUUCAUUAUACAAAAAAUUAAAAAAUUCUGUAAUGCCAAAAAAAUGUUACCAAAGAAUAUGACAUUUUCGCAUUUUCCAAAAAAAUGGCAUUACAGAUUUUUUUAAUAUUUUGCUAAUUGUUAGCUUUUCGUCCAAGUAAAAUAAUGCACGAAAAGAAAUUGGGGGUCACCAUGCUUUUUUUCCAACUAUACGAGACGAUAGGCCAUUUUGGAGUCAAUUUCGUACACGUAUGUCGUCAUAGCAACGAACUAUCUGUUACUAAAACGAAUAUAAUUUGAAAGUAGAGUUAUCAAAAUAUAUAAAAAACCCAAUAUCUGCUGAAUAAAUCCUAAAAAUCCGUUGUUUGAACAUGUCAAAGUGUUAAACACCUGAAUUUUUGAAAACUGUAUCGAGCCACCUUAAAAAACUAUAUAAUUGACGAACGGGAAGCGGAAAACACUAUAAACGAGGAACAAAAACGGCAUUAAUCAGGGUUGGUAAGUUAGAUGAAUAAUUAGGCCAAAUCGUCAUUAGUGCCGUUUAGAAAACAAAGAAAACAAAAGGUCUAGUGUGACGGUGUUUGGCCUAAUUAUUCAGCAAACCUACCAACCCUGGCAUUAAUAGGUUUCGAAUGAGUAUAUCUUAUCGUAAAAAGGAAAACGUCAAGACUUAAGUGAAGUUUAAGAAAAAAAGGUCUUUGUCAAAUUCCUAAAACUAUUUUUAUUUUUCCCUUGGUACGUGUCUAUACACGCGUAAUAAAAUAAUUGAACAAGCUUUCGUUGGUUGGGAUGCAACUAUCUGAAAAUAUAUAAGGAGAAUUUCGAUGUUUCGAGCGAAGCCCCUUUGUUGGGAAGUUAGUAGCCUUAUACUGACAUCCUAAUGAAGAGCCAUCGCUCGAAACGUCGAAGUUCUCCUUGUAUUUUUCGGGUUGUUGCUCCUUUAUCAACCGACGUUUUGUUAUAUAGUUUGUCGUAGUUCGUCUGAAAGUAUCGACAAACUGACUUUGAAAUUUAUCAACUUUGUUAUAAAGCUCGAAGAAAAUCAAAUUGUGUUAAAGAAGUGGAAAGAUUAAAAAAGAACCGAGAAGAGAGGAGGUUUGUUAGUACAGCUUUUUAAGAGGAGAAUCUUUUGCAUGUUACCGUACGUAUAACGCGGGUUCAAACUAACGAGUACACUUUUCCUCUUGGUAAUGACUAUAUUGAUAUUUUAUAAUUUUUAAUACGUUUCUCAAGUGGCAAACAAACAAAAAAGUAUGGUUAGUGCUUUAUCUGUAAAAUUAUGACAAAAUGAAGAAGUUUUAGAUUUUACGCGCCAAAGAGAAAAUGAUGUCUGAAGUUCAGUAACUUUUGCUUAUAUUACUGUAAAUAUGCAUGGCGUCAAUUCUGCAGCAUCAAUGUUAAUUGUAUUUUAAUUAACGACAUUUAACUAUUACUUUGUGUUUCUCGACCGCCAGAUACAGAGAUACUGGUAGCUAACUGUGUAAACUACAAAAUAGAGCUAAAACAAAGUAAUUUUGAGUGGAACGCCAAAAAUAUUUAAUUAUACCAUAGCUUUUGAACAGUUUUCUUUGCAAAUACCCGGCCGACGUUGAAAAAAUUGUCUCUUAAAAGUAACCAGUGGCGUAACUUUGCGCAAAGGGCCCCCCGCUAAGUGUGAUGAUGAUGAUCAUAAACUUUAUUUAACCACGCUAACAUUGUCAGCUAAAGCUGGUUUCCACAAUGGACGUGUGAAGUAAGAAAUUACAUGCAUAUAUGUGAAAAAGAAAAUAAACUAUAAUAUACGUUAAUUUACUAUUUACAAUCAUGCUUUAAUAACAAUGGGUAGCGAUUUUCCUUUCGAAAAUUGAUAGCGUUUUGCUUUCUCUAAUAAUUUCUGGCAAAGAGUUCCAUAUGAAAGCUCCGUUAUACAUGAAACUCUUUUAAACUUUUCGAACGUGGAUUAUAACAAUUUCGCUUGGGAAUGACAAAUGUCUGCACUAGUGUGCGGUUGCUCGGACAUUGGCCAAUUAUAGUCGGCCAGCUUUUCGAUGUUUACAUUGAUUUGUCGUGUUCAUCAAUUUCGACAUACCAUGAUGCAAUCGUAUUACCGCACUUAACUUUUGGUAAGCAGUCCCAACUAUCAAUGUAAUUGGUCGGCGUUCGUGAAACAGAAACGUCCCUUGCUUAAGCUCUCUAAUAAGAAAAACAGUGAGCCGAUAUCGAAGUUCAGAGGUCGAUCCCCCCUGACAAGGCUCCGGCUCUCGUGUUAACCGCGCAGGCAAAAGUAAUAGAAAGGGACUGGAACUGACGCCAAUAGCUCCUUCAAUUUCCGCCAUCUUGGCAAGGAGUGUGCCGAAAUUUCGUAUUUUGACAUGAAUUUAAAGAACAGGGAGAGCGGUUGUGCUUGAACCUUGGUCAUGGUUUGGGGUUCGACCGUUGACCAAGUGCAUAAUCACUGGCAGGAUCCUGGGACCUAGCUGGCAAGGGUGAUAAGAUGCUUGCACGCCCUUCGCCAAAGUUAGGGGCUGUGCGCACCCUGGAAGUUCCGAGUAAGUUCACACUUUGGCGUUAGUGCACUGCAUGGUACUGUUGAGGCUGUAUUGGUAGAAUGUAUGGUAUUACCCUGCUCUAACUUGGUGUGCUUGAAGACGCGCGUGUACAUGUAGAGUUGUGCUUGGUUCUCUCCUGUCACUACAACUUCCUACUCUUUGACACUAUAUGUUACACCCAUAUGUUACUUAUUAGUCCUGUCCCCCUCCCUCAAUGUUGGAAAAUACCUUGUACGUCACGAGUUACCAACAUCGAGUAGGGAAAAACCAUCUGGUACAAUAUUAUUGUCUGAGAUUGUAGAAGCAAUCCGUGGAGCCGUGCAAUAAUAAUUGAUUGGAACUGAAAUUAAAUAGACUGAAAUCCCAAUCAUUUGAAUAAAGAAAGUACAGUAUUUCAGUUCUGUUAAGACGUGUUUCAAAACGUAACAUAUUUACAAUUUUCCUAUUGUAGAGCACAACAACAAGAACAGAGGAUACUCCGCGAAAAAAUUCAACAAGAGAUAGAUCCUGGAAAUCCAUAUUGGGAGCUAAUAAAAAUGAUAAGGUAUAUUCCGCAGUUAGCCUUUCUCACGAUGACGAAUAUCCGCCAUUUUUGGGCGGCAUCUAAUUCUCGUUAACCAAUGCAGACAAUUAAAAGAAUGUGAAAAGCAAUUCUUCAAAAUAAACUAACCAGUUAGCCCAAAGCAAAUUUACCAUCGUUCGUCCAAAAAAAUUUAAAAUGUCGCUGUUAUGUGGACUUAUCUCGCAGAUCUCGGCUGAAAUGCCACCCAAAAAUGGCGGCGUGAGAAAGGCUGAUUGUGCAUUUGAAGUCAGUUUAUUAUACAUUGUAGUAACUACGUGUGCAGUAACAAAUACUGCAGUAUAGCUAUAACUAACAGUGUAACUGUAUUCUCUUAUUUAAAUUGUAAAACGUUAUGAAUUCAAUGAAAAAUACUGAUUUAGAAGUGCAUAAUUGUAUUUUAUUAUUAAAAAUAUUUUAAAACGGUAACCCUUCAGGGCGCAUAGGUACCUGAUUUUCAAGGGACCGUUUGUUACAGACUAAUAAUUAUCACAUUAACUAGUAUUAUACAAUAUUAUACACUAUUUACUAACAUAUCAAUUUGCAUGCACUAAAUAUAAUUAAAUUUAAAACCAUAAUUACAAAGCUUAUUGAAUCAGGUGCUGCCAAGAAUGCAUGUAAAUUUGCUAAGGCUUUCGCCUUUUUCUUUGGCUGUACUUGAUGAGCCAUUCCAGCUUGCAUCGUUUAUGUUUUACCAGAGUAAUGUUUCAAAGCAAUUAGCCGUCGGUGAACUUUUUGAAAGCCGUACCGCAAAUUUAGUCCUCCCCCCUUCAUUCACAUUAGCACCUAACUGCUUGUUCUUUUUAUUGAUGUCUUUAUAUAUAGGGAAUUUCAGAGUGACUUAGACAUGCAACGAAUAACGAUGAAUGAUCCUGUAAGUUACUGUAUAUAUAGAGGAUAUUACACGGCGGCGCGAAGAUAUGACUUUUUAUCUUCGAGUGGUGAAAACAAUAUUUUACGAACGAGCGCAGCGAGUGAGUAAAAUAUUGUUUUUAACACGAGAAGAUAAAAGUCAUAUGUUCAAGCCAACGUGUAAUGUUCUGUUUAUUAUAUAGUCCGAAGCAAAAAAUUGUAUAAAUACUAAAAGUCACGUGAUCGAUAUCCUCACUAGUGAAGAUAUGGAAAAUAUGUCACCGCGUAUUUUUUCAGUAUCUCGCUCUCUACUAUAAUAUAAUAAAAUGCAAUAUAAAUUCUCUCUUGCUUGGUAUUAGAGAUGUUUAUAUCAGAAGCAGCGUGUAAUCCUUUAACUGAGGUUUUGGUGUCUUCACAACAGGGGUAUACCUGUUAAAAUUACUGUGUGGUUAAUACCAAGAAAGGAUACCUGCAUGGGUUUCCUAUUCUUUGUUGCCAAAUUUUAGGUAUAUAGGAUAGGUCGGGUAUUCUCUUUUUUGUAUUUUUUUUUAUAAAUGCUCGUGCGUAAGAAUGAUAUUGUACGUUGAUUACGGCAGCAUGCACAGAUGUCACAGACAUUCGUUAAAUAUUAUAUCAACUUUGAAUACUUUGUAUUGGUAGUUCAAAACCACAAAUUGGGUACGAAAAAUUGCUCCAAGCUCUUUGAAAAAUUUAGAUUUUUAGAUUAAAGUUGGUAAUUUCAGUGCAUGGUCAAAAGCUAGAUACUAGGGUCAGAAAACCAGGGAUUUUUGGCUGAUUGCAUUUCAAUGGAAGAAUUUAAUAUGGUGUAAACCAAUUCGAAUUGGGAAAGCGUUAAAAACUACACUUUCAGGCUCAUAAUGUUGUUACGAUAUUAUUUUUAGGUCAGAGAUCAUCAGAUAUGCGUCUGUGUCCGUAAAAGACCACUAAGCAAGAAAGGUUUGUCAAUCAUGCAGGGUUUUUUUUUCUGCUAUAGUAGAUUCUCCACUUGCAUACCAACCCGUGAGCUUUGUCACACAAUCUCUCAGUGCAUGGUGGCGUCAGAGCAAGCUCCUUUCACCUCUGGGGCACUUACUGUAUGUGACACUUAUCAGUCAACGCUCUACCGAAAGUCAUGUUUUUUUUCCUGGUACUUCGGUCUCCUACCACAGGGAAUUUUGACAGGGUGGGUUGGGAAUAGCCCCAAACUGACCCUCCAUCGUAGCUGUGCUUCGUGAUCGGAUGAGGCACAAGGUGCAGAUACAGGUGUACGUUUGUGAAAUCAUAAAAAGUCAUGUCUUUGAUGCACUUUAUAAUCUUCGCAAUUCUGCAAAAUCUCACCCAGAAAAUGUUUGAAGUCAAAUUUCAGGGACUCUAGUCUAGAUUUCAGAAUUUUUCCCGGGGAGCAUGCCCAUGGACCCCCGCCAGUCAGCCUGAUUAGCAUACCCCCACUUACUUGCUUGCUUACUUAAUUUGAAUUUACUUUACCUUUACUGUACUGAGUCAGACAUACAUUUGUUGUAAACUGCAUGUACUGUUCAGCAAUAUUUUGUCAUUCAGCGAAGAGAAAUGGCGCUAACCCUAUAGGUUAAAACAUGAUUCGCUGUUUUGAUUUGCGUGUUUCCACACGUCCUUUUUAAAAUACUUCAGAGGGUAAAACUUCUAUUAAAUAAAUCCUACAAUCCUGACAAAAAUUAUUGUGGGCAGCGCGUCCGUAAAUAGAAAUGCAUGUCUUAUAACCCAAUCAUUAUCCUUGCGGAAACAGCAGUUUUCAAACGAAACCGGAAGCCAUUUUGUUUUUGGCCGGAGGUGAAUAGUGCAUGGUAUCCGGAGCUGAGCAACCAAUCAAAUUGCGUGAACAGCACUAUCCACCUUCCAAGUAUAUGCUAAUCUUCAUUAUUAUCAUUAUCUAAUCUCAGUUUAUUCUUCAUUUUUCUGUCAAGAGUUAAACAGAAAAGAAGUUGAUGUAAUUACAAUUCCUGACAAGGAAACUACUGUGGUAAUUAUCUUAGAUUAUGCGCUUACGAGAGUAGUAAGAGGGUCUAUAUGGGGGUUCUGAAAAUCAGUAAAAAUUUUGAUAUUUUAACGGUAACAAUACCGUAACUUUUUGGUAUUUUAACGGUAAAUCUUUGAAAAGUGUUGUGAAACGAUAAACAGUAUCUUUUUCCUCACGCUUCACGGUCAAUUUUUAGUGUUUUCACGACUUACGGUAACUGAAAUUGAGUGAAUCACGACUCACGAUAUACCCCAUCAACACCCUCUAGUAAUGGACGGGGGAUGGGGCAUUUAUUGGUCACGUUUUACGAAAAAUAAAACGGUCAUUUCACGAUCCACGAAGAAAAAUCUUUCAUUUCACGUUUCUCGGAAACCCUGCCCCCCCCCCUCUCGGCGGCCCUGGUUAAUCUCAAACAGCAGUGAAAAAUUCUGUAAGAACAGUGCAAACAUCUGAAAAAAACUGAUCUCAUUGGUGGGAAAACAAUGGGAUCUAAAAUCAAUCAAUCAGCUUAAAACAAUAUUUAAGUUACGGUCACAGAUUGCUUCAAAACAAAACAAAAUAAACGUAGCGGCCGUGCUGUACAUAUAAAGUACAAGGCGAGUUCGGGAAAUAUGGCAAUUAGUCUUCAGACAGCUUCCAUUCGAGGCAUUCAAGGACUACUGCGCUGGAGUACUAAUGUACUGCAUAUCAAUUAGAUUUACGCAUAUUAUUUUCCCUUUUACCCUCUGUAGAUUCACGAGCCAAGAACAAAAGUUGAUUUAACAAAGUAUCUCGAGAACAACAAAUUUAGGUAAGUAUAGAGAAAAUACAGUUCAACAUCCGGUAGAUUCUUAUAACGCCUUAAAGUUAACCGUGAUUCAGACAUAUCUAUUUCUAUAACUAUGGCAAACGUAGCAACUAGUACAUGUACAUAGAGAAUUCUUCAUGAGAAGGGCUGUUCAUUUGUUUCCACCAUACUGAGAUUUUUCUUAUACGUGUUAGUCUUCAUCAAAAUAUUUCAUUAAUUUAUAACCAAACAGUUUAAUUACAUCAUCAUCGAAUAUACACAAUGUCUGACCAUAGCGACAGCAGGCGCGUGUACGCUAAGCGCAUCUACUUUUACUCACGUGUAAGAAAAUUGUUUCGUUUUUCUGAUUAUUUGGCUUGUAUAUGCAUUGCGAAGCGAUGAGUAUCACAGAUAUACUCACAGUAAAGUUAGUAAACUGUAAAAAGUACUGUCUAGAUCUUGUUAUCUGUCAUGUAUAUAAUUUACAUAUUAUAUGUUGCAGGUUUGAUUAUUCGUUUGAUGAAACGGCAACUAAUGAGCUGGUCUACAGGUCCGUUUAACUCUUAUUUAUUAUUCUUAUCUAUAAUACAAUUAUGUAUUGUGUAACUUGAUGGAUUUCCUUGUGAUUUAUAUCUUUUCGCUGCUUAUUUUCCUCACCAGAUAUACUGCAAGACCGCUUAUUGAGACCAUAUUUAAUCAGGGGAUGGCGACAUGUUUUGCUUAUGGGCAAACAGGGAGUGGGAAAACAUAUGUAAGUAUAUGUAAAGCCCCUAAGUUGCUACAAUAUUCCGUUGAAGUGCCUAUAACGCUAACAUUCUUAUCGUCUCAUUAAUAAAAACAUUGAAAGGGGGAUGGCAAUAAAAGUCAAAUCUGUCUCAUUCGAAAUAACUUUUUUUUAUCUCUAUUUUGAGAUAUUUUGACCAGAAAGGGUGUGUAGUUUGCCAUCUUGUUUUUAUAUUUGAGUGCUCAAUUUUGCCUAUAAUCAGGCUGGGGCCCACAAAUAUCAGUUCUAUAGUAAAAUGCGCAUUAUAAACGCUUGUACAAUGUACCGGCUUGUACAAUUAUUCAUCUGAUAAACCAUUCCUAAAUCAUUUUUUUUAUUAUGUUGUUUCUGUAGACAAUGGGUGGAAAUAUCGUUGGCAAGAAUCAAGAUUGCAGUAAAGGCAUUUAUGCAUUAGCAGGUGUGUAGUGCAAUAAAACACUGGGUCUGGUUGUCUGACCAAUAGAAUAAAUUAAAUCUGACCGCAUUGCAGAUUUCAACAUAUACAUCCUCAAAACUUGGUCUGACGAUGAUCCGCACACUAAUUACUUACAGAACUCGAGAAAAUUUGUACAGUACAUUGCAUUAUAAUUAGUUCCUUUGCAUAUUUUCACGAGAAUUUAGGCAAAAAAGUAUUCUAUUUCUGAUCAGCGCAGGGCGUCAUCUUUGACCAUGCGCGUCAACAUUGUUUUUUUUUUUAUAAAAACUGCUGAUCAAAGAAAUGUUCGUCCCUGGUCAAUGAACUCUACUGAAAUUUUGACACGUUGGUAAUAUGUUGCAUGUUUAUGAAUGCAUAGUAUUACUCAAACGUAUACUGCAUGUUUUGACAUGAUUUUUGGGACGGAAUAAAGCAUAUUCUUGUGAUAUUUCGCAUUUGAUAUAUUUUUGUUAUUUUAUACGCUUACGCCUGAACAUUUAAAAUUUUCCUAUAUAGUAGCUCUCAUUUUAUUCUAUGUAAACUUGGUGACUGUUUAACAUUAAGCAUAACAAUCAAUGUAUGAUUUUUAGUAUACAUUCAGUCAUGAAAAUGGCUUUCAAACGUACUGAUUGGCUCCCUCAAUAGUAACGUACUCUGAGGCAAUAGUUACUGCUCUGAGUAGUAACUAUUGCUUUCAAAACAAAAUGGCUGCCAAAAUUAACAAAUCGUCGAAGAAAAAAUUGAAGAAAUUAAAGCACAUGCCGUAUACUAUUCCUCAAAAAAACAAAAGAAGCAACAAUAUAUGGUGUUAACCUAUUUCCGAAAUUAGUCGAAAGCACCUUUUAGAUGCCUAAAACAAUUUAUUUGGCAAUUUAAAACCGGAAAAUAACAGAUUCAGGCGACAAGGUUCCGACAGCUGGAUUCGUUUGACUCGAAAGCGAAAGAGUGAAGUAAAAUAUAUUUACAACGUUUGUGUAUAUUAUUAUUUUUCAAUACUGAAUUUAUACUAAAACAAUUAGUCACCUCAGGCUCGGUGAUCACAAGACUAUAUUCACUUCGCUGCUUCGCAGCUCGAUGAAUAUAGACUUGUAAUCACCUUGCCUUCGGUGACUAAUUGUUAAAUAGAAACUAGAAAUGUACUCGUCAUUUCCGCGCGUGCGUGUCAAUUUUCACACACAAAAUGAGCGGAACUAUAGAAUAUCUUUUUUGCAAAAAGAGAAUAUAUUCCAAUUAAUGCAGCAAAAUGGUCGGCCAUACUAUCCGUGCAAAGUAGUCAGCGCUUUACACGGAAAAUGGCCGAUUGCUAUAUUGAACUGUACUGCAGUGAUCCCCCUAUAGAUCUAGGUGUGCACGGAUUCCCCUAUAGAUCUAGAUGCACACGGAUUCCCCUAUAGAUCUAGAUGUGCAUGGAUUCCCCUAUAGAAUGAUCUAGAUGUGCACGGAUUCCCCUAUAGAUCUAGAUGUGCACGGAUUCCCCUAUAUAUCUAGAUGUGCACGGAUUCCCCUAUAGAUCUAGAUGCGCACGGAUUCCCCUAUAGAUCUAGAUGUGCACGGAUUCCCCUAUAGAUCUAGAGUUCUUGCAUGCGUCUUAUGCGUCCGUACUUUUUUUAAAAAAAUGAGGUGGAUAAACCGACGCCAAAGAUGCAUUCAAGAAAAUCUAGUCUAUAGGGGGGUAAAUUUUUAAAUGCUAAGUCCAUCAAAUGCUAAUUCCUGCAUUUUAGUUUAAGAUUUUACAAAAUAUUGUAAACGGCGCAAAAGGUAGUAUAAUAUACUCAAAACGAAUCUGAGGCCUUCAAAAUUUUUACAUUCCAUGUUAAGAGAUAAAUAAGAUAAAGUCGGGAAAUCAAAAGGACCUUUUCACAUAUUUGAUAUUUUACGAUCUUUAUAACAUGGUAUUGAUUUGCUCUAUCCUUUCGUUUAGCUCACGAUGUAUUUAAAUAUUUAAAGAAUCCUAAACACAAGAACAAAGAUCUUGUUAUAUCGUGUAGUUAUUUUGAGAUAUAUGGUGCAAAGGUAAGAACGAACGUGCGCAUGCGUAUUUCGAGUAUAGCGAUGCGGUCCGUUAGAAAAAAACAGGAAUUAGUUGGGGAUAAUGAUAUGAAAACCGCUUAGGACCUUCAUAGGUCGAACGAGUGAAGUUCGUACUUCGUAUACAUAGAGAGAGAGAGCGAGCUCACUGCGAUGGGUUUACAUCCACAACAGGGAAGAGUCUGGGAACGAGGUUGCAGCAGAUGAUUGUUUAAUUUCGGAACUGAAUACUACACAAUUUAAUUGCAUAUAAUGGAAAACGUUUCUUACUCUUAUUUAAUUAAUUACUUACCAUAUUGCUUGAUUAAUGUGAUGUUGCUAUCCUACAUUCUAGGUGUUUGAUCUACUAAAUAAAAAACGUAAAUUAAGAGUUUUGGAGGAUGGAAAUCAGCAAGUUCAAGUAAGUUCGAGUCAUGCUUGCUGGUAGAUUUACUAUUUUUGCCGGUUUCGAAAACUAAUUUUCAUUGAAACGAAACAUCAUAUAAGCAUAUAUAAAAUCUAAAGUUGCUCUCCUUGCAUACGGCGUCUUGUUGGUAAUUUCUUUCUUAUGAAUUUUUAAAGGUUUGUGAGUUACAAGAAAGUGUUGUUAAUGCAGUAGAAGAUGUUUUGAAACUUAUUGAAAUCGGAAAUCGUUUAAGGUAUAUAUGCAUUUAUUUUGGAUGAUGACAUGCACUUUGAGUGGCUCCACACCCCCUUAAGAGUAUGUCGACAAAGUAGCGUGCGGGCCAUGCUCUUAUAAUUACCCAGUGGCUACUUUUUAGAUAACAUGACUUUGAGUCAGAAUUUGCGUCGUGGCCUUAAGUGGAGAACUCGAUGGCUGACUGUUUUACGCAAGAAUGACGAGAAGUGGGGAGGGGAGGGGGGGCAGAUCGUAGAGGAGCACUUUUUAAUUAAUAUAUAAUUCAAGAAUGUUGCGAAGCAUCUGGAGUCGGGGUGUCGAAGGAUUUUACCCGCCAUUGGAACUUCAAUUUUAAACAUUUACCUGUCACCUUCAAUGUAUUCAUAAUGGGGAUUUGGUGGUGCUCCGCCAGAAAAUGUUUAUAUUUUUUAACUUGAUGAUCGCAUUUCUGGCAUUAUUUUGGUGAGAGUUCGCUAUAGAAAUUCACCAUAUUGACUUGCGCAAUGAAGAGAAUCAAACGCACCAUUCCCUUGUAUCACAUUUAUCGUUAACUAGCUAACUAAGGUAGUUUAAGAGAGCACUUUUGCCCUUUUCCUUGCGAUGAUUGACUGUUUUACAUUUCUUAACGAUUACAUAAUCUGUCGGUUAUGUAUUUUGUGUUUCAGAAUUAAAAUUUACAUUUUUGCUCAAAUCGAAGCGUGAUAUACACUGUCCUAUUAUUUGUCAGUUAUUCCCUAUUCUUUUUGUCUGUUUUAUUAUUGUAUCCCCCAAUAUUUCUCUCUGUCUUCUUUCGUUUACUCCUCCUUUUCUAAAACUCCUUUGAUGAUCCUUAAAACUUGUUGGGACCAAUAGUCAGACUAAGUCCGGUGGUCUACCAUUUUCCCAGCCUUAUUUGGCUGGCUAUGGGCGUCAUAACACAAUCAAUGUUUUUCAAAGUGUAGUUUUAGAUUCGUUCAAAUUCGAUGAAAAAUUUGGGAGGGGUGAAACAGUGAUUUCUAAAUCCAUUUGUGCAAUUAUCAAGCUAACGAAAAUAUUUGUUUUUUCCCUGUGAAUACUGUAGAAAAUGUCAAAAAUUCAGUCAUAUAAAAAUGUUCUGGGGGAGGACACCCAGUAGCAUAGUUGUUUUAACAUUAAAUUUUAUAUUUGUGUAGAACAUCUGGUCAAACGUCGGCCAAUCAGAAUUCGUCUAGAUCUCAUGCUGUUUUUCAAAUUAUAUUACGUCGCCGGUAAGGAAUAGUCAAUACCAAAAGAAUCUUAUAAUACUUAAAAGUGUAUAUCUUCCACGUCAAGCUGGGCAAGGAGGUAUUUUUGCCCGUGGCCCCAGCUCAAAAAAGGGCUCCAAAAGUGACGAAGAUCGUUAUUCAGCGUCCACAUUAGCAUUUGGAAAACGUUUUUAACAACGUAUAAGAUCAUCGCCUAAAAUCGUCGCUGAUAAACUGACUUUGCAUUGUCAGAGAUCGAUUCAAAAUAACCCAGGGCAUUAUGAUUACUUUGGAAUCUAUUGCUUGCAGAUUGGUGAUCAAUAUAUCUAGUUUCAGACAAGCAAUACUCGUGCGAAAAUUAAGCUCUGUCAUAUGUUGUGGGGUUUUUUAUAUCCACCACACUGACGGACAAUGUUCCAUUUUAGAGGUCAUAUGAAAGGAGGAGCAGGUGGUCAGCUCUAUGGCAAGUUUUCAUUGAUUGACCUCGCUGGUUAGUAUUCAUGGAGUGUAAUAUGAUGUCUAUACUGCGUUAUAACUUUCUUACUUAAAUUGAUUGUUUGAUAUCGGAAGCCAUUCAUGGGAUUUUUAGGUUACAACGGCAAAAAAUGCAGGCAUAGUCUUCUGUAAUUUCAAGACCGAUCAGUGUAUACCGUAUAUAGUCAUGUAUCUAAUCCCAACUAUGUGUCACUCUGAAGGCUCGAUACUAAUGGUUUGUACGGUGAUCCAUAAAAAAACAGGAAAAUCCUUAAUGUUCAUCUUGCCAUAUUGAGUACCCACACGUCCUUAUUUUUUAAAAAAAUCUACAAGUCCUUAAAUUGAAUGUAUCUUACAUUUAUACAGAAUAUAGUAAAUGUAUAUUGUAUUACUCGUUAAUAUGUACACCCUCCUUUCCAGACACAUAUAUGGGUGAAAGGCAUAAAGAGACAUGCAACGAAUAAAUCGCGUCUGCAUGAGUUUCCAUGCAUUUCAUGAUCCACGCGGUUUUAUUUUUAUAAUACAAUAGUUAAUAAAUUUUGCACGACGAGAUAGCAAUAACGCGGAUUUUGUUUCGAUCUCCAUAUUUUGAUUGGCUAUAGUAACGAUAAUCUUUCAUUUCUGCCUGCUUGUAUCGUAUUGAAACUAUCAAUUCAAAUAGGGACAUUCGUGUGAUAGAAUAUAAGCUCCGCCAUAAAUAAGCCUAUAUAUAGGGUCGAAAUUUAUCACAAAUGAAUGUUUAUACGAGUCGUGACUUAAGCUUCGAUUUAUUUUUACUGAUAUAUGACGUAAACGACCAUGUUUUAUCAUUUGUCGUGAUUUAGGAAAUGAAAGAGGUGCUGAUACGUCAAACUCUGAUCGGCAAACAAGACUAGAAGGAGCAGAAAUAAAUAAAAGUUUACUUGCUUUAAAGGUACGGAGAAUAUUACUCUACUCCAACUCUCUGGUUUUCCUAUUGUUAACAUAGGAAUGACUCGAUUUGGGUUAACUUAAUGUCCCUGCUUAAAUGUCUGGCUGGUAUUUUAUAUCACUUCCUACCAUAGUAAAUAAUUAGUAAUGCAUGUGACCAAAAAUCUGGUUAUAAUUGACUAGGUCGUCCUAUAAUAACCAGAGUAUGUUAUAUAGGUGGAUAUUUAGCCGGAUCCUGUACGUAACAUGGUUGGAAAAAUGGUUAAAAUAACCAGGUUAUUUAACCAGGAAUAUUUAGAGUGUAUAUAAUAUCACCUUAAUAUCACGUCUGUACUAUAAAGAGCGAGCACCAAAAGUAAGCGUAAUAAAAACAAUACUAUACAAGUUAAUUUUGCAUUGUUUUCAUUGUAGGAAUGUAUACGUGCGCUUGGCAGGAACGGCGCCCACCUUCCUUUUCGAGCCAGCAAACUGACACAGGUAAAUACACUUUAGUUUUACUGGAUAGCUCGAUCAUAUCAGAAAUACAGCAAAUCUAUACCUAUCAUGUAUAUAGCGAUGCGGCACUGACAAUUUCCAGUAUUCACGACUACUCGAAUUACAUAUCUGCCCACGUCAUCCAUGGCUUGUCGAUAUUAUGGAUUCGCACAGAAAAUAUCGAUAGCUGACUUAAGCUAUUACACUGUACUGGGUAGCCUUCCGUAGCAACGUGAAUGAUCACAUAUCCGUACCUUUUAGGAACGUUAUUUUCAGAGGAAUUAUUGCAACGGAGAGAUGUUGUUUCGCUCAGCUUCUGAAAGUUGUACAUUAUGUAUCGGAUAGGUGCUUUUUCACGCCGCUAACGUAAACGUAGCCUUAAAGUCACAUGCAAUGGGUUCUGUCAUUUUAUUGCAAACGUCUGUCGUGUAUUAACGUUGAAAUUAACGCAGCAGAACAGAAUAUAUAGGCAAAAUAUCAGAACUGAACUACGAAGUCAACGAAGUUUUAACCGUAUAAAUUGACACCAACCACAUUUUUUUCUACUAUAUCGAAUACCAAGAUCAUAAAGUUUACUGCUUCGUCAUACGCUUUUGUUAUAACCAGAAAACGCAAAUUUCGACAGCUGUGUUCUUUCGACACUUUUUUUCACUCUAAUAACAAUUCACACUCCUUGUCACUCUUCUUAGUAAAAGCGCAUGAACCGUUUAUCGCUCGACGGCAUCAUAAAGGUCAGUUCAUGUCAAACUAAAUUGUUGUUCGUGCUGUUCCAUUUCCAGGUUCUCAAAGAUUCAUUUAUUGGGGAGAAUUCAAAAACUUGUAUGGUACGUACUGUAUGUGAAUUGAGUUUAACGACAGUGAUGAUGAAAGGAAAAUAUUCUGCCCUCAAUUUGCAUAGUCAGAGCAGUUAGAGCAGCAUUUCUUAUCUGAUAGGAAGAUCUAGGCCACAUUUUUUUUGUUAAUCUGGGCAAAAUGGACAUCCUCCUGACUUGAUCCAAAUGACUUGAUCUGUAUUUAAAUUAGACGACAAGUAUUUUGUUUUACUACUGUUUUUCGGAGAAGAUUGAGUUCAAAUAGAAACACAAUCCCACAUCCACUAAAACCCUCCAACAUCCGUAAAAUCCUUUAUUUUGGCUCUAAGAAAUGAUAUUGUCCCGCGUUCACACAGAGCGUUUGAAGAAAAACAUAACCGUUUUAAUUUAAUGGCGUGUUGAAGAAUAUACAACGUUCAAGGAUUGUCUUCCUCUUAAAGUUAAUUACACACAUUUAUCGCAAUUUCUUCAAUGCAUAUUGUGUAAAAUAUAGAUUCAAAAUUCGAUUGAAUGUUGAGUUUUUACAACCGUGUACAGGUAUAGUGGAUAAGUGCUUGUAUGUAUCCUUUUUGCAAAGUUUAAAAUAUCUACAAAAGAUUAAAGCGGUUAUUAUUUCCACCCAAAUUACUGUAACCUCGCUUCAACCCAAUCGAAACCAGUCGUGAAAAGUUUGUCUAUAUAGACAUUAGACACACGCAUUCUGGCUUAGCUGAGUUUCUCGGUAAAUCUGGCGUACUGCCCAGCCUCUUCUUCUGCUUCUUUGCCGUUGCGGACCGUUGCUACAAUAUCACGAAUUACGAAAAAAAUGUCGUUAAGAAUCCCCGUUGCCAUGGUAAUAAAGCGAUUUUAAAAAGGGCUAAUUUGCAGAUUGUUUGAUAAUUUUUUGAAAAUUUCUUCGGUAAAACUUUUUAAUUUUUUGCACACAGUAAUCUUAUCUAUAAUUCCUCAAAUGAUAGCAUUUAGAAAAAAUCGUACGAGAAUUUUUUUUAAUCUACAAAAAGCCCUGUUUUUGGAAUAAAAAAAAAUUCGGCUCGUACGAUUUUCUUUUAAUCUUUAGACUUGGAUCAAGUCCGUCUCUCUAGAGUCCGAAUCGCGAAGCAACGAAAUCGAGCGCGAGAAUGGAGACGGACUUGAUCCAAGUCUAGAUUUUCUUAAAACUUGCACAUUUUACGCACUUCAAGAUUACAGGAAAGUGUGUGAAGUUUUAAAAAAAUUUACCGAAGGAAACACGAGAAAAAUACAUUUAUUUUUAUCUAUGUGACGUCACAAAAAUCAGGAUUUCAAUUUCCUCGCGCGACCAGCCGACAAUCCCACGAAGGCCCGCGCGUGUAGAUCACGACGCAAUUUAAAAAAAAAAACGCCACGCGUGCAACGUCGACCACGCGUGUUGCGUGUAGCACUACUAAUCUCGUGCGUGGACAAAAUUUCCGCGACACAGACCUAAAACUGUAGGGAGCCGCCUUAAGCAAGCGACGUGUCAACACGGACGUCAGAUUGCCGAAGGGGGACUGGAUUGAAAUCUAUGUUUGCGUCAGUUUGAUUUUUAAAGUUUUUUUCCCUCCUUACGCAAGCGCUUUGAUGCAAAAUGCUGCCAAAAUUAGUUAUACCAAUUUUUGGGGUAGAUCGUAGAUAUCUUAUAUACACUAGAUAGCGUAUCUCUUUUAGCAAAAUUGAAGCCAAGAAUAUUCCAGCGGUUACCCCCAUUUGAAUAGAUGGCGGCCAUGUUGGUCGUUCCAACUUGCUAAUAAACGCUUAAAAAUAACAAUAACUUUCAUCAUUUGAAUAGUUUAAAAACGUAUUUGGAGUAGGGUUAACUUAAUGUUUAAGUUCCCUGUUUAAGAAACAGAAAACAUACGAACCUUCUCAUUUCAUGGGAACGACCUGAGACUGCAAUCACGGCUUCGAUUUUUGAAUUGCAGAAUAAUUAGAUGCACUAUCUAGUGUAUAUAAGAUAUCUAUGGGUGACAUCCGUGUUGACAAAAACGUCACUUGCUUAAACUCACUAAUAUGUUUCCAUCUGAACAUUUGUCUCUCAACCAGUGGUGAAGCUGGCCAUGGCAACUGGUCAAGCUAUGCUAAUAAACCUGCAUGUAAACAGAUUAAAGGCAAUACAUUUCAAAAGAUUUGAAUAAUGCAAAUCAUUCAAAAUUUCCAUAACUUGACCUUCGAUUUUCUAUUGGAUGUCUCCAUGCUAACUUGACAGGAUCUUCUUCCUCUCUUCGCAAAAUGUUACCAAACAAUCGCAUUCUCGCUUCUCUGCUCUUCUUUGAUAACGCCAGUUUCAAAUCGUAUGUCAUUGUUGCUACCUUUCUAAAUCAUAUUUUUCGAAGCUUCCUGGGCAUGUUGUAUCGAGCUGCCGUUCGUCCCUCUUCCGCAAAGCCCAUGUCUCUAAGCCAUACAUUAUUCUGUCACCCAACUGCCCCACCGUGGGAACGGAGAGUGCGAGAUACAGAACGUUCACUGGUAACCUAAAUUGCCCACUACCAUAAACAUCCACUUGAAUGUGGAAAGGUGUAGUUGAAACGAAAUAUUUACCAUAUAUUUUCAUGAUUUCAGAUUGCAACUGUUUCACCCGGAAUGAAUUGCUGUGAACAUUCUCUUAACACUUUACGUUACGCUGAUAGGUAUGUUGCUUUGAGCUAAUCCAGGUUGGCCUAAAUUGUUGCACAUGUGUAGAGCGUUCAUGGUAUCCUUUAUGAAAAUAAGGCGACCUUUGUACUGUCUAUUUUAGGACAUAGUCAAUGAUGUUAAUAUUUGAACACGUUUUCGCUCGCUAUCUGGUUUUAAGUAUGUGAAUGCAAAUUACUGUCGAAUACCAUUCAUAUUUAGGACCCCAUUUUCGAUAGUCCGGUUUGAGACCGGUCUUUGCAUUCAAUUACUCAAAGCCACCAGAAUUGCGAGCGAAAACAUGUUCAAUAUUAAACCUGGUUGCCUUGACUCUUUAGUAUUUACUAGUGCUGUGCAAACUCCAGUUUUUCAGCUCCGGCACCGACUCCGUCUGCUUUACAGUUUAAAUCUCCCGCUGUGUUUUUCACAACACCCCUAUAAUGUCUAUAACGGCGGAUAUUAUUCAGCUCAAUUCUGUCCCAAAGGUAAGCUGACGUGUUGCAGCUUAUCAAAGUUUACGAUUUACAACAUUUCCUGUGAUAGAUAGAUCACAAUCACGAUGAGUUACUCCAAUUUGGCCAUUUCUAGCAGCCAAAAAUGGCGAAAUGGUUUGAAACAACAGAUAUGACUUCAGAUUAUAUGUACUUUCAACAAAUUCAUUGUUGGCAUUAUUUGUAACCAACGUUAAUUCUACGAUAUUGUCACGUUCUACCUUUACUCCGGCGCACAGCACUACUCCGGCAAUACUCCGGCGCACAGCACUAGUAUUUCGUGUACAUUUUAAAAUGAUUAAGACAGUACGCAGACGCUGGGGCACGGCCGCAUGAAAAGGUAAAAACUGUCAUAAUUUUUGUUCUAUUGGUAGCCGACCUGAUAGCAAAAGGUCCCCAUUAAUAGCUAAAGGUCCUUGCCUUAAUAAGAUAUUAAGGCAAGAAAAUGUUUCUCUAAUGCCCUCCUUCGCGGGCACGAAUAGUAACUGGUCCCUAACGUACAACUACUGUAACUUGCUGUGUUUAGAGUGAAAGAACUAGGUCCAGACAACAAGAAAGGUGGCGAGGACUAUAUAGCUUUUGAUGAUACCCCGGAUGUCGUAUCUCCUACCCUAUCAAGUGGUGAUCCGGCGGCUAGCAAUGCUGAUCUUGCAUUACUGUGUACACAUAGUGUGAGUACUGGUUUUGCUGUUUUCUAAUGUAGUAUUGAAUUAAACCAAUCUUAGCUAAGCAACGAAUGAAUAUAGAACUGGCUAUGUAUACAAAAAAAGGUCGAUUCAUUAUCACGGGGUAUUCAGGGGUAAUGGAAAUUUACAUUUGUUCUCUACAACCGAAAUAGUAGAUUUUGAAAUUUUCUAUUCGGUUUUUGGAAGUAUACGUUUCUAAGUAUUUUGCAUGUCACUCGUUCAGUCACAUCCACCAGGAUGAGAAAAAUCGCCGACAAAAUUGCUAGUACGAACUAGUCUUUUGAGACCGUUCACCGGUUAAUAACUCUGACAUUUGUGACGUAAUUCGGAUGACCCAUUCAGAUGUCUCAAAUUUCGCUCGACGCAGUGUGAAUGCGACGACUAAUUGUGCCUUUUCUGUGUCGCUUUCAAAGUGCUCCGGCGUAGUGUGAACGUAGUCUAAAUUAAUUAACGACUAUGUAUAUUCAACUUGCAGGGCUCAGGCGAGGCUGAACAGAAUGAGCUGUACACGUUUCACGAGGCUGUUUCUCAACUGCAAGAUGCUGAAGAACAACUUGUUGAGUGUCACAAGAAAAGUGUUGAGGUACGAAACGACAUCAACUGAAACUAUUCGUAGUUAACAUUCACAGAAGUGUAGCACGACCGGAAAUUACACAGAUAUAUGGGCAUGUAUAGAGUGGGCAUUGCGGGGUUACUUCAGUCAAACGAAAGGGACAAGUUGAAGCUUCCUAAUGGAGCCAAAUUCAAGUCCUGGAUAUAAGUACCGGAUGCAAAAAACGUACCCAUUCGAAAACUAACCGGCAUUCAUAGUUUUGCAUUAUUUUAUAUUCUAUGCAUUACCAGGCUAAUAAUAUAGAUAAAGAUAUUACUCGACUGUGAUUGAUUGAUUUCAGGGCAGUUAAUCCAAACAGCAGUGCAAUUUUCUGUAAUCACAAUGCAAUUUUCUGUAAUCACAGUGCAAUUUUUUGUAAUCACAGUGCAAUUUUCUGUAAUUACAGUGCAAAAAUCUGUUACAAACUGAUCUGAUUGGUGGAAAAAGAUUGUGAUGAUUAAAUCAACCUAUCAGUUUAAAGCAAUUUAGGACUGUCAGGUGUACUUUAUAUACGUCAAUUCGCCGAUAGUGCAAUCGAGUGGCGAUUUAAUAUAAGCUACAUUUCGCAAUAUAUUUCGCUAAUUUGUGAUUAUUUUCGUUAAAUUUUAUAAUUUCACUGCAGUUUUAAUUUAAAUUCAGUCGUUUAGUGGGCUGCCUAUGAUUGCACUCGAAACCAUGCUAUUAUUACCUAUACCAAUAACCAAUUUUUCAGCAGAGACUGCUAUUCAUGGCAAAGUGUAAGAGUUUAACAUUGAAAACAAUCCAUGCAAGCGAAACUGUAACCCUUUGAAAUGUGCAAAAGCACCAAAACGAGGCUAGUCAGUCUUCUUUGCUAAAUCUGGUGGUAUUUUUAAGAUUUAGUUUCUCAAAGACAAUACAUAGUAUUAUAUUUAUACUUUGUAAAACGAGUAGUCUUGAGGUAUUGUAUAAGGUGGCAGUGAUUACCUUGGUCGAAAUUCAUUUCGGAAGAAAAAAGAAUGAAAGCCAUUUUCUAAUCGAUCUAUUGACUAUGCAUUGUAAUCCCCUUAGCAAGAUAGUCUUAGCAACUGCGAUCAAAUGCUGUAAAAUAUAUAUUCUCAAGUUUUAUUCAUCAAAUUUAGAAUAAAGUGGUUCACAUAGGAAUAGUUAUUUUUUCUCUGUAAAUUCGGGUGUUUUUGUUCAUAUAUACCGGCUGCGAGCUUUGUUUAUUUUUGUUGCUAAGGCUUUCCCGACAAUGUUUCCUACCAAAGAUUUCAAUGCAGCUAAUUUUCGCUUUUCUUCGAUUUAAUAUGACAAAAUAGAGGCUAGAGCUCAAAUUGUAAGAUUAAUAUGUUUUUAUAUAUAUAUAUAUGCUUGAGUCUCGUAAUAGUGUUUGGGCCUUCAGCCUUUUCUCUACUUCAAAUUUUACCAAUAAAUUAAAGACUUUGCCAACUAUAUCUUGAAAAAAUUAAGUAGUUAUUCGCCUCAUCAAUAUUCAGUUCACGUCAGCAUGCACAAUCUACGCAUGCUCAGUUAAGAUGAGUUGACGUAACUUAGGUGUCUAUUUGUAGACGUAAUUUCCGACCAUGACGUACCUUAAGCAAUUUGGCUACUCGAUAAAUUUGUUUCCCGGCACUCUGAGCGAAAAAGGUGUGCUGACACUGAGUAUUCUUUUUUAUUCUUCAAGGAAACUAAAGCGCUACUCGAACAGGAAGAGAACUUGUUGGAUAAAGUCGAUGACGUUGAUUCAGAUUUAGAACGUACGUAUGAAAAGGAGGUUGGGCUAAGAUCAAACGUCGCUCUUUUCAUACGCCGAACCUAAUACAUUUCCAUGCGACACUAGUGCGACGUUGGAACGCUGUCAGAUUAAACGUCCAACAUAAUAUGUCGCUCAUCAAUAUAUAAAAUAAAUUACAUAUAACAUAGAUUAAAAUAAUUGAUGCAUUUGGUUCGGCGCAUGAUGCAUUUGCUAUCGCUCCUGAGUCGCAUAGUGCGACAAGACUUGUCCCUCCAACGUCGCUCCAAAUGCCUCCGUCGCACCUAAUCCAUUCUAUUGAUUAUGGAACUUAAAGAGUCCUGGUCAAACCACAAUGCAAUGCGCGCUUUUGUUGACGUUUUUCCGUUACUUUUAUCAAUUGUUGCCGCCAUUUUUGAGGCCACACAAAAUGGCUGCCUCUGGCCCACAACGUAACAGAAACGUAAACAAACGCACGCAUUACAUUGUGGUUGACCAGGACUCUUUAACCUAAAGCAAACGUCGCUCUUGUGUAGCACUUAAUACAGCUAUUAAGUUCGACGCAUGAAAAGAGCGACGUUUGAGACAGGCCUAUACUGUUUACUUUUCAAGCUGUUCUACCAAAUAGUAUUUAGUUUUGUUCUUCUCAUUUUGUUUAGAAUAUGUGCAACGUCUCGAUGUCAUUUUGAAACAGAAGAUUGAUAAUUUUACAAAUCUCAGAGGUAUACAUAUUUGGAUUGGGAAGCAAAUCUCGUAUAAUUUUACUUGUGUGAAGUGCACAGAGCCUGAAAUAACGGUUGGACAUCGCAUGUACGUUCGGACCAAUUUACACCUUGUCCGACCAAGUGCUAAAUUGGUCGGACUUUUUUUCCAGAUAAAAAAUACCAGUCCGUUUUGUUAA